CUUAACGUGACGAAGUUUACCAAGUUGCACUGCUUCCCUCUGCUGGAAACGGCUCUCUUCUUCUUGAUGUCCUGGAGCACUUUCUUGCUUGCAGAAGCUUGUGGAUUUACUGGUGUGGUGGCUGUCCUCUUCUGUGGGAUUACCCAGGCGCAUUAUACAUACAAUAAUUUGUCAGUUGAAUCAAGAAGUCGCACUAAGCAGCUCUUUGAGGUAUUGCACUUCCUGGCUGAGAACUUCAUAUUUUCUUAUAUGGGUUUGGCACUGUUUACUUUCCAGAAACACAUAUUCAGCCCAAUUUUCAUCAUUGGAGCUUUUAUUGCAAUCUUUUUGGGCAGAGCUGCACACAUCUACCCUCUCUCCUUCUUGUUGAAUCUGGGCAGAAGGCAUAAGAUCAGCUGGAACUUCCAGCACAUGAUGAUGUUUUCAGGUCUCAGGGGAGCCAUGGCAUUUGCUCUGGCUAUACGAGAUACUGCUACCUACUCGCAUCAAAUGAUGUUCUCAACAACCCUCCUCAUUGUCUUUUUCACCGUGUGGAUUGUCGGUGGAGGUACAACUCCCAUGCUGUCAUGGCUGAACAUCAGAGUUGGUGACCAUGUUCCAUCGGUGGAAGAGAUGAGUGAAAGCCGCUGGCUGUAUUUCAGGGUUGGGGUUGACCCAGAUCAGGAUCCUCCACCUACUAAUGACAGCUUUCAAGUCUUACAAGGAGAUGGCCCGGAUUCUGAAAGAAGGAACAGGACAAAACAGGAAAGUGCUUGGCUGUUCAGGCUGUGGUAUAGCUUUGACCACAAUUAUUUAAAGCCAAUUCUCACUCACAGUGGCCCUCCAUUAACCACAACUCUACCCAGCUGGUGUGGCCUGAUAGCGCGCUGCCUGACAAGUCCCCAGGUUUAUGAC